AUGUCGACUCCGUCUAGGAAGAGACUUAUAAGGGAUUUCAAGAGGUUGCAGCAGGAUUCGCCUGCUGGUAUUAGCUGUGCCCCUCAAGAUAACAAUAUUAUGCUUUGGAAUGCUGUUAUAUUUGGUCCUGAUGAUGCAUGUUGCGAUGGAGGUUUAGAUGGGUCUUUGUUGGCUCCGUCCAGAAACUGUAGCCAAACUCCUUUGGCAGAAGGAUACUUGAGGGUUUUCGCAUAUUCAGCUUCAUCUACUACUCGACUGGGCAGCUGUAUUCCUCUUAAUGCAACAUCAGUGCUAACAAUAGUGAAAGACAUAAUUAAAUCAGUACAAUUCCAUACUACUGUCCCCAAUUCCCUUGGCCAAUCCAUGACUAAAACAAUGCACAUCCCCCCCAAAACCAACAAGAAUCCAGCAACAUGCAAAGAAAUCCCUGGUAAUUCAGCUUCCUCUUCUCCCUCUUUUCCUCCAUUGGUGGAGGUGGAAGUCUUAGGAUCGGUGGAGGUCCGGCAGUUUGGGAAAUGUGUUCGAGUUGGGGCGUUGUGGCUGUUUCGGGUUACAUAUUUCUGGGUUCUUCUCAAAAUUUCUUCUUCUUGUAACUUGGCCAAGCCGAAUGCAGCAGAUAAGGGAUCCGAAUCAAUCAUAGCAACCCGGAAGAUCGGCUGCAGCCAUUCGACAGUGUCUGGCGCAUUGUUCUGCUCUGUAGAAAAUGCAGCAAGAAAGUUCAAUCAGGCCAAACAUGCUCUUACUGCUUCAAAGAAACGGCGAAUUCAGGGGUUAGGGUGUGUGUGGAUUGUUGGGCUAAAGAGUGAUGGCAGGAUUCAUAGGAGGAGUGAUUUUAAGGUUGUGGUGAAAUCUUGUGCAACUGAGGGGGAUUGGCAGAAGGGGAAGAAAUAUGAGGUGGAGAAGAAGGUGAAGAUGGUAGACAUUGGAAAGGAGAAGGCUUUGAGGAAGUCUGUGGAGGCGAAGAAUGCAGUGAAUUCACCAAGGAUUUUGAGGAAUAAGUGCAUUGGGAAGUCAAGUUGUUUAGAGAAUUUGAAGAGUAGGGAUUCUGUUAGCUUGUCGGCUAAAAGAUCGGGUUUAGGAAGGAAUAAUGGUGAAGGUUGGAAUCUGGACACUUGUAUUAAUGUUAUGGAGAACGAAAUACUUAUAGGGACUAGCGAGAAUGAUUCUUGCCUUCAAGCAAAUAAAUUGAAACAUGGGCUAAUAACUUACAAGAGGGACAGCAAGAGGAAGUUAUGGCAAGUAGAUGUCAACGACUUUGUGGUUUCUGAAUCUAAGUAUAGUCAGCAAGAUGAUUCAAGGGACGAGUUACAUUUGAAUGGCUCUAAGUCUGGAGUCAAUUGA